AUGACCACUAUAAUUGAUUCUUUUUCAUUCCUGUCCGCAACACUUAUGGCCAUCAUGAAUUCGCUCCCUCCUUUAAUCCUUCGCGAGAUCUUCGAACACCUAUCACACGAUUUUCCAGUAGGACGUUGUACCCUUCGAUCGCUCCUAAGAAUAAACAGAGACUGGCGAGACAUUGCAAUUCCCGUAUUCUGGCAAAGACCAUUCGACAGAUAUCCCGAUUGCUCUAUAGUCAAUACUCUAACCUUGCAUCUCAAUGAAGAGGAGCGCAGAUUAAUCUCGCUCCUGCUUCCACCCAAUCUUGAUUUUAAAAUAUCCUAUGCUCGUCACCUGCGAGAACUUGAUUUCGAUACUCUGUGCCGAUCCAUUGACUUAUGGCUUGUUAAAACAAAGCAUAUCUGGCGUCGUAGAUUGAGUUGUGAGGAGGCAGAUGGUAGAGUCGCGAGUUUUCAAAGUCUACUAGAGGUAAAACAGCAGAUUGUAUAUUCAUUCUUGAAAAUGUUUGUGAGACAUGGUGUUAGAUUACGAAUGCUCCUAUGCGAUUUCCGAGGAGUUGGUCUAACGGAGGAUGAUUUUCAGUUAAUGUUUAAACCUGAUGUGCAGACAUUGGCUUCUACUAUUUGUGAGGUUAGGAUAGCAGGGUCAACUAAUAUGGGAAAGCUAUUUGAUGGACUGACGAACACUGCGAGGGAUUUGGUUGGUUGA